AUGUGGUUUCACGCGAUAGUUUUCGUAGUGCUGUUUUGUGGAGCUCAGAGUGUCAGCAAAAACGCUGAAAAAUGUCUAGUGAACUUCGAUCAAGCCGCUUCCGGGGAAGGUUUACUGAGGGAAACGUUUGAAAAUAGUUCGUACUGUGCAUUUCUAGGAGUACGUUAUGCCGAACCCCCCGUUGGCGACCGUCGGUUUCGGCAUUCCGUCCUGGCGAAACCAAGGGGCCAACGGAAGUACACUGCUUUCGGAAACAGGUGUCCUCAAUUCAGUUGGUUCGUGGAUCAGAAAGUAAAUGGCGAUGAAGAUUGUUUGUUCUUGAACAUUUACACCCCGAUGGUGAGCAACUCUUCACUCGAUGACGAUGUGCCACUGUAUCCGGUGUUGGUGUUUGUGCAUGGUGGGAGCUAUGCGCUCGGUUGGGCUGAAAGAGAUAUCAAUGGUGUGCAUCUACUCGUCGAUAACGGAAUUCUUGUCGUGACGUUUAACUAUCGGCUAUAUGGACUAGGAUUUCUCAACUCCCCAGAGCACAACAUCACCGGAAACUUUGGCCUUAAAGACCAGACGACCUUGCUACGAUGGGUACAGCGAUACAUUAGGCACUUUGGUGGGGAUCCACAGCAGGUAACCUUGGCGGGCCAAAGCGCAGGAGCAGGUUCCGUGACGCACCAUCUGUACAUUGAGCAGUCGAGAGAUCUCUUCCACCGCAUGAUCGCGUUGAGUGGCUCGAUGCUGGGCUCGUGGUCGUUCCUCUACGAUGGGCGCGAGUGCAUCCAACGGUAUCUGGAUGACCUACCUUCUAACACACUGGAGCAACUACGUGCCAUCGACUUUCGAGACUUUUUCCCAGGCAACUCAUGGGAAAAUUAUUCGGUGUACUUCGCCUCCAUGUACAUGCCUUGUCUGAUUCCUUCACCCGAGGAUGAACAAUUGCAACAAGAUAACUACACCGUCCGGCCGCCACACGAAUCGAUCCUGCAAGCGCCGGUAACGCAAGUUCCAAUGUUAAUCAGCGUAACGUCGUUGGAGUUCGAUGGUUUACUGGAGAACAUUUCUUCGGAGUUCUUUUUGGGUGACAACCGACCGAAUAAUCAGAACGACACGGUUACCAACCUAGUGAACGCCACCAUGCACAGAUUUGCGGAAAAACUUAUCGCCGAAGGUAAAGCAACGUCCCGUUCGGAAGUAUUUCAACGGUUUGCCAACCUAGCGGACCUACACUAUCCCAUUUUUCGACUGGCAAAGGAUCUCAGCGAAACUGUCGAUCCUUCGAUUCCGGUUUAUUAUCAACGGUUCGAGUUCGAUGGAAAGUUUGGGAAAGGAAGGAACGUCUACUACGCCAACUACAUAGCUGCAUAUAACUACGGUGCGUUGCAUGGCGAUGAUCUGGGAUACAUUUUUUCGCCUUACAAUUUAGAGGAUGCGCUCGAGAGGCCCCAAGAUUUUCAAAAAGAAUGGAAAGUACACCGGAGGACCGUGGAGUUGAUAGUUAAUUUUAUCAAGCAUGGAAAUCCUACUCCGAGUCAAAGCAAACUAUCUGACAUAUCAUGGCCGCCCUUGAAUGAUAAAAAGACACCAAAUUUGUAUCUGAACAUCGAUGAAGACUUCGAAAUACGUCCAAUUUCUUAUGACAUCUAUUCUAAGCAGUGGGAAAAAUUUUACGAUUGUUUGUACUAUGACCGUUGUGAUGCUCUGGAGAGUUAA